ACUCCAUCUCGCCUGUCCACCGUCGGCCGUCCUCGUCGUGCUCUACCCAACGACGGGCCCCGCGGUCACCGAGCCCGCGAGCACGCACGUGUUCCGACAAUCUCCCGAUCCCUUCGCCUUCUCCACCGGACCGAGCCCCCGACGGCCAUGUGCAUCGCGGCGUGGACAUGGCAGGCUCACCCGGCGUACGGCCUGCUCCUCCUCUUCAACCGCGACGAGUAUCACUCCAGGCCGACGCGGCCAGCGCAGUGGUGGGCCGCCGCGGGGGAGGAGGGCGAGGAGAUCCUCGGGGGCAAAGACGAGCUUGGCGGGGGCACGUGGCUGGGGUGCACGAAGGGAGGGAAACUGGCCUUCCUGACCAACGUCCGGGAGGCCAGCCCCCGGGUCGAGGCGAGGUCCAGAGGGGAGCUUCCCGUAAGGUUUCUCCAGGGCAGGCAGGGUCCAUUGGAGUAUGCAACUGAAAUUGCAAAGGAAGCAGAUCAGUACAAUGGUUUUAAUCUUGUAUUGGCCGAUGUGCAUUCAGGAACCAUGGUGUACAUCUCUAAUAAACCAGGUGACGCUCCUGUGGUUCAAACAGUUUCUCCUGGGUGUCAUGUGCUUUCUAAUGCUGCUAUUGACUCCCCUUGGCCAAAGGUAUUGCGCUUAGGACAGAACUUCAACAGUUUUCUUGCCGCACAUGACGAUGCAGAAGUCUCUUUGAAGCAGAUGGUUGAAGAACUGAUGACGGAUACGGUCAAGGCUGACAGAUCUGCGGUGCCUGACACUGGCGUGGAUCCUGACUGGGAAUACCAGUUGAGUUCUAUAUUCAUCGACACGGAAAAGGGACAGGCAAGAUACGGGACACGGAGCAUGGCCGCCAUCGGGGUGAAACUGGAUGGUGAGGUAACUUUCUACGAGAGGUCCUUGGCCAGCAGCUUGUGGAAUGAGAAUCUAGUACAGUUUCGAAUGGAGAUGGCACAAUAGCAAGCCUUGCGAGGAACAUGUAUUGGGUGGUGAGUGUGUCUGCACAGGGAAACUGAGGGCGGUAGACACGAUUGUAUGGUACCGGUGCUUGCUUUAUUGUGCAAAUUGCAAACUCAAAGCCUUUGAAGUCCAGUGUUGCCCCAUGUUUUGUUCUCCUGCGACGAGGAAUCACUGUUGUACGGGAUUUGAGGUUAUCCAGCAACAUCCCAAUCCAGUCGAACCUGGUUUGGCGUGGUUGGUCAUUGUUUUUA